AUGGAAAGCUCAAGCCACAGCCAGACGAACCAGUGGAUCUAUUCAAGCUCGGAGUCGGAGUUGUACAGCGUUUCCUCUCCGGACACCGUCUCGACAGACCAGGGCUUCUCUCCGUCCCACCGGACCCAGCCUGCGUGCUCCAAAUCAGCCAAAUCCACAUGUGUCGACAAGAGAAAGCGCAGGUUAAUAAGGCUGAAGAACCCAAGCGAGCAACGGCAGAACGCCAGUGAGAAGGAGAAGUUGAGGAUGAGGGAUCUGACCAAAGCCCUCCACCAUCUCAGGACGUACCUGCCUCCGUCCGUAGCUCCCGUGGGCCAAACCCUGACCAAGAUCGAGACGCUACGGCUCACCAUAGGCUACAUCUCGUUUCUGUCAGCUCAGCUGGGUCUGAGUGCAGAAGAACUGAAGCACAACUCCAGCGGCUGCUCAUGUUCUCCAGAGAUCGUUGGCUAUUUUCAGUGCAGGUCUAUGGCUGGGCAUUGUGUCGGUGAUGGACAGUAUGAGGGAAAACCAAGUCAUACAGUGGAUCAGUAUCCACAGCAACAUUCAGCGGAGCAAAACGUCUCUGCAAAUGGUGACGGUUUCGUCCAGUCACAACAGUGUGCUCAGUCAACACAGACAUACCAGGUUUAUGGGAGAAACUUAGGCUAUCAUCUUGUUCCUCAAGGAAACUGGAGCUGACAGCAGAAACCUCUCCAUC